GUGCAUGCACACUUUUUGGUUUGGUUUGGGCGGGCGGGCGCGCGCGUGCGCGCGCUCGCUCGCUCCAUAACAUACUCAACAUCGUACGUGCGCGCAACCGAGAAACUGUGACCAAGAUGGCGUGUCCACACGGAUCAAAUGUGGUAGUUCCCCGUAAUUUCCGGCUGCUGGAAGAACUGGAUGACGGUCAGAAAGGAGUGGGAGACGGCACGGUGAGUUGGGGCCUCGUCAACGACGACGAUAUGACCCUCACUCAAUGGAAUGCUACCAUCAUCGGCCCCCCCAAGACCGUCUAUGAAGGCAGAAUAUACUGUCUGAAAAUUGAAUGUGGACCCAGAUACCCAGAUCAUCCUCCUCAUGUACGUUUUUUGCACAAGAUCAACAUGGUGGGAGUACAUACAUCGAAUGGCGUUGUGGACAUUAAGGCCCUGCCCCGCUUGUGCAGAUGGAAAAACACUUACACGAUGCGCAUGGUGCUCACGGAGCUCAAACAACACAUGACAAUGAAAGAGAACUACAAGCUUUCCCAGCCACCUGAAGGCCAAAUGUACAACUGAUGCAUCUGCCCUUGUCCCUUGCUUGCGCUCAUCCACUUACACAAAGAAGCAGACACACAGGCAAGCCAAUUCCAUUCCACAAAUUCAACACUGGCUAGAGCACAACUGUCAAUUGAUUGCAAACGAGAGCGGGAAUCAUCAUAAUACAGCUGAUUUCCUGGCCCAGUUAGCCAUUUUGCUCCACAGGGAAGACCUUGAGUUUACAAUCCCCAAAAUACUGUGUAUUUGGCUUGUUUGUUUUUGUGUGCACGUGUGUGUGGGGGGGGGGCAUACUGAUUAUUUGUUGCAAUACUAAAUUGUUCAUAGCUUACACUGUACUGCGGUUCCAUCAGUGGUUUCAGCCCAUUCCGAGUUUUGUUUUUAAAUAAGAAAGCAGACUUUUUUUGCUCUUGCUCCCAACUAGAUUCCCAUAUCCUAAACCACACUUAGUCUGAUCAGCCAAACGAGUCUUGAACAAAAUCCCCACAUCGUGCAAACCCAAAGAUGUGAAUGAGUUGGUCCGAGGUGCAUGUCUGGUUCAAGCCAGUCUAUUAUUAGGCAACGUGCACGGCAAGACUUGUGUGUGUCAUAACGAACGCUUUGUGAUGGUGACUCAUUGUGAGCAAGCUGUGGGACAGGACAGGACAGGACAGGACAGGACAGGGGAGGGGAGGGGAGGCUUACGGCUGCGGACAACACAGUAUAUAUAUAUAUAUAUAUAUAUAUGCUUGUAACUUUUCCAGAUGGCCACUUUACAGUGGCUUGUGCAAACGUUUCUUUCUAUUUUUUGGGGGGUUUCUGGGCUGAGCGUGUGUGCACCCUGCAGUAGUCACCUGUCAUUUUCUGAGUUGCCUGCCACUAAGCAAUGUAUGGCUUUGGAUGUUUAUUUUGUAACAGGAACAUUCAAUCAGGGUGACAGGGACCUUUGUUUGAAUUAAAUGUUAUGACUUUUGCACUUUGCGUAUGGUGAUUUUCCAAGCAAAUGAUAAAAGCUCAGACCACGACACAUUUCUAUCACCGGCGGCGUGUUGCCAACAAUACAGUGUGUGUCGAGUGAUGUGUGUAAGUCGCAAAGUCUUGACAAAAGUCCGAAACGACAAAAGUGAGCAGAGCCAUGAAAUGAAAAUGCCAUUUUUCCGCGGUACCUCUGAGUUGCGACAAUUCUUCCCUUAACCAAUAAAUGCAUGACCAAGUAUAGCAGACUCAAAGUGAUACCGUUA